UCGAUGUUCUUGCCUCAAGCCAGCAGAAAAAAAGCGGAAUUCUGCCGAAACAAAAUCUAGUUGAGUGUAGCUCGAUGUGCAAUUCAUUCCAAUAAGAAAACACCUGCGCGACACUUGACAUAGUAUAAUUUAUUAUGUUUGCGUUACGACAUUUGCGGCUGCAGUCCAAAGUCAGACUGCAGCUGCCCUGCAUUGCAGCAGCAACAGCGACGACAACAACAACAACAACAACGACAAAACACAUGCCAGCUGUGCCGGCGCGUGUGUUAAUUGGGAUGCACACCCAGGCAACCGACUAUCGCUGGCAGCGGCUACUGUUGCUGGAGAAACACAUGGUUCAACACCAAAGAACAACGACAACUCUCUCCACGUCCAAUGCUGAACCUGACAACAACUCGCCCGAAAAAUCCUCAACGCUGUUGCAGCAAUUGAUGGCAGCCACUAAACCGUAUGCACAACUUAUGCGUAUCGAUCGACCCAUUGGCACCUAUUUGCUCUUCUGGCCCUGUGGCUGGAGCAUUGCUUUGAGCGCCGAUGCAGGCUGCUGGCCGGACUUUACCAUGCUGGGUUUGUUUGCUACUGGUGCAUUGAUAAUGCGCGGAGCAGGUUGCACCAUAAAUGAUAUGUGGGAUCGGGAUAUUGAUGCCAAAGUGGAGCGUACACGCAAUCGCCCGUUGGCCUCGGGACAGAUUACGCAAUUUGAUGCCAUUGUGUUCCUUUCGGCGCAACUCAGUCUUGGUUUGCUGGUACUUGUACAACUAAAUUGGCAAUCCAUAUUGCUGGGAGCGAGUUCGCUAGGUCUGGUGAUCACCUAUCCACUGAUGAAGCGAGUUACAUAUUGGCCGCAACUGGUGCUCGGCAUGUGCUUCAAUUGGGGCGCCUUGCUGGGCUGGUGUGCCACACAGGGAAGCGUGAAUUUGGAUGCCUGCUUGCCACUUUAUUUGUCCGGCGUUUGCUGGACCAUUGUGUAUGACACGAUCUAUGCGCAUCAGGAUAAGCUGGAUGAUUUGCAGAUUGGCGUGAAGUCGACUGCUCUGCGUUUCGGCGAGAAUACCAAAGCUUGGCUCUCUGGCUUUACGGCUGCAAUGUUGACAGGCCUCUCAGCCGCUGGCUAUGCUUGUGACCAGACGCUGCCCUACUAUGCUGCAGUUGGAGUUGUUGGCGCUCAUUUAGUGCAGCAGAUCUACUCUCUCAACAUUGACAAUCCAACGGAUUGUGCCAAGAAAUUCAUUUCAAAUCAUCAGGUUGGCCUCAUUCUAUUUCUGGGCAUUGUGCUGGGCACGCUACUCAAGUCCGACGAUGCCAAACCACAACGCAGAUCCUCAACAGCCACCACAACCACUGCUUAUGUACCUUUGCCACAAUCGAAACCCGACGUAAUUAGCUGAAAUGUUUUAGGUUAGUGAAGAGCUUUUAAAUUCUGUGCGCGCUUUACACCAAAGUCUGUAGCUAGCUAGUUUAAUGUGUAUAUUGUAAGUGAACAAUAUAUUUUAAUUAUUUUUACUCAAUUCAAUAUACCCAAAUGCCUAACAUACCUCGUCGAAAUGGAAAGGUUGAGAUUGUAGUUGAGAUAAGUAUCAUUUUACUUAUCGACCGACGAGUCACCAUUGAAAAACAACAAAAACCGGUUUCUGUAUUAAAUCUUAAUUGUUAUUUUGUGUUUAUUACAUAUACAGAUUAUGGUGUAUUGAAUGACAAA